UAAGUAUGCUGCACGUACUCACCCUUUUGCUGCAACCCUUGAGAUAAUCUCCUUGUUAAUUGUCCACGAGUUUCUCCAUUUCACUGUGUAACUAUUUUCUGCAAGCUUUUUGUCAAUGGCACCACCAAAUGGGGAGGCAGUUAUUGCUACAACUUUCAAUAAGACCAACAGCUUCUCCAAGCCACCGAGACUCUCAAACGACAACAAUCUUCAUCGAACAAUAUCCGAUAUCUCUUACGAACUGAGCAAGGAAGAAAUAGAUAUCAAGCAACUCCCACCAAUAUCUGAGGUUGAAGAUGCAAAAUGUGAGUGUUGUGGUAUGAGCGAAGAGUGCACCCCCGAGUACAUCGACCGAGUUCGUAACAAGUUUUCAGGGAAGUGGAUUUGUGGGUUGUGUGCAGAAGCAGUGAAGGAAGAGAAGGAGAAAAAAGGAUGCAAAGUAGAGGAGGCUCUUAAUUCUCAUAUGAGUGCAUGUGCAAGGUUUAACAAGUUUGGUAGAGCAUAUCCAGUGCUGUUCCAAGCUGAAGCCAUGAGAGAGAUGUUGAAGAAAAGCACAAGAAGGGCACAAUCUUUUAAUACAAAAGGUGCUCAAAAGAAUUCAGGGAUUGCCAGGAGUUCUAGCUGCAUUGCAGCUAUUACAAGGGACAUGACCAAUUUCAGAAUGCCAAAUUGAGUUGCCAAAGGCCUCCCUUGUGUGCUUAAAAGUGGGUCAAUUCUGCUGUCUUUCCUCUACACUGCAGGGUUAUCCUACAUUAUUAAAACUUGAUCAAUCUGUAGCUCGCUCGCUCUCUCUGGUGGGAUUUGUCCGAAACUCUCCAUUCUCCUGUUCUUCCUGCCACUUUCUUCUGUUAACGAUAAAAAUCCACUGGUUCAGUUGUUUUUAUGGCCAAAAUGUGCAAAGGUUCAACUGAAGAUUUAUGUAAUAACAGGGUUUUAGUUGUUAGUAGCCGUCAAGAAAAGUGCCAUAUGUAGUUCUCGCUUUUAUUCAAUCUGUGUCUGGAUGAAUCUAUUAUGGAUAUAUUAAAUAAAUUAUUAUGCUGCUUUAAAUUUGCGUUGAGUUU